AUGGGUACAUUGAAAGUCUCCGGCGUCUUUAAAAAUUGUCAGUUCGUGGUUGAUUUUGCUGCGUCCUUGUCGCUAACGUUCAAAGAGAAGGAAGAAAUUCGACGAAAGAUCGUAGAAAAUGGCGGUACAUUGUCAUAUGUACUAACAAAACAGGUAUAAAUAAUCUUUAGUUUCAGUCGUAGCUCUGGUUAUUAACGUUCCCUGUCUUGUACGCAACAUACUAGAUAUUUAAACAGCUUGGCUCUUCGUCAACUUAGACGACGAGGCUUUUCAACCAUUAUAGCAAAAUCCCCUUGGCCACAACGACACGUUGAGCCUACAAUGUGAGUUGUAGAUAGCUGGAGGAUUUCAUAAGUUCAAACGAUUUUUAAUCUUUCAAUAACCAAAUUUUGGUGAUUUUAAAUUCGGUGUUAUGGAUGGUCCGACAUUCUAAAUUGGUCCGUAAGGGGGCAUUCGAACUCUGUCACAGAAUGAUAGGGCAGCUAGCUAUGGGCAAAUCGAAGUUAGUUCAACUGAAUAAUGUAUGGGUUGUUGAAAAGAAACUUUCUCCAUCUGAUCAUAGAAAAUGAAAUAGUGACUUUUUUUUAUUUUUGACUUGAAAUUCUCAUAGCCUGAAAGGUUUCUGUUUCCUUUUUUUAGGGUUAUGACAGUCGAAUUUGUCAAUAAUCAUGCUAAUGUUGCAAUUGGGGACCCUAGCAGGCCAGGGAGAGGGAGGGGAAAGGGUUUGGUUCAGCAUUGCUGUCAUUCUGGCCUAUGGAGAGUGUAUUGACGUAAAGGUGUGAUACCUUUACCAACCUGUCUGAAAAAAAAAAAAAACUAAAAACAUGUAUACUGAUACCUACUACAGGGUUUCAAAUGUUUUGAAAUAGGCAUUAGACUUGGCAAAAGUAGGUGAUGGUAAAAAGUACAAUAAGAGCAUUACAAGGGUAAAUAUUUUGCUAUUAAUAACUUAACAGAUUUUAUGGCACAAUAAAUUUAAGGGUUAGUUUGAAUAAAGCUCUCAAUCUCUACUUAUGUACCUUCACUUAUCCCUGUCUUCUAUGAUGGAAUAUAAGACUGUUUUGUUUGAGAAUCUAGCAGUCUAUAAGAAUGCACCUCCUAUUUGGAAAUGCUUGUGCGGCAACAGUUAUGUUUUGUUGAAACUUGUAUAUUUCUGUAUUACAAGCUCCAUUAACAAAAUAUCUAUUUUCUUUUUUGUAGACAAACUUUCUGGUGACUGGUGAUUCUGAACGAGCUUUGUCAUCAUAUAAGGGAAGAACUGCAGUGAAGCUUGGAAUUCCAGUGGUUCCAUUUGAUUUCAUUACUGACUGCAUCAAGUCUGGAAAACUUGUUGAUCCACAGCCUUUUCCUUUGUCAGAAACCCUUGAAUCACAGAACUUUAGUUCAGGCAAGAUUGUUGGUAAGCUGUGACAAACUUUUUUGGCAUUCAUGGUUGUCAAUUUUGUGUGAACAUUGACUUUAUCAGAUCUAACAGUUCAACAGCCCAAUGGCCUUUGUUAUUGGUUCAUUUAAGAUUCCAGAUAGGAUCUAAUACUACAAUAUAAAAUAGUAGGGGUUGGACUUAAUUCCAUAAUGCAUUGAUUUUGAUCCUGGCAAGAUUAUUUUGUCAGUUUUGGGCAAAGUACUUCACUUUCAUAUCACCCAGGAGUAAAUUGGUAAUCACAAAUUGUUAAUUAAAUUGAGACUACUAAACCUGGCAUUCAGGGGAAGUUGAAAUGCAUCUGGUUAUUUAUAUUGCAGCAGAAACUGGGUUAUGAAGGCACAUUAUGAUUGUCAGCUUGGCUUACUUUUAGAUUUUUUUAAUCUCAUCUUAAACUCCAAACUAUUAAAUCUUGAAAAGUUAGUAGUAAGGUAUCAGAUACCAAGCAAGUUAUUUGAAUUCAUGAAAGGCAUACAGAUAAAAGCAUGCAGUUUUCCCCUUUAAAAUUGACUUCCUUUGAUGUGGUUUUGACAAAACGGCUGGAAGAACAUAAUCAUUUGAGUCAAAUUGAUCAUUGUAUUUAAAAUAUGAAGUCCUCUAAUUAGCAACCCUACCCAUUGCAUGUAAAUGUCUCCCAUUUUUUUCCAUCCUUGAAACAGAAACAUCAGAGGUUAAAAAGGAGUUUUACAGUUUCUAUCUGUGCUAAAUUUGUGCUUAUUGUAUGCUUGCUACAUUUAUUAUUAUGAUAGCUAAGAACCAAAGGGAAGAUAAUGUGACCAAACCUACAAAGAAACAGAAGCUUCCAGAUCUCAAUAGAAUAAAGUAGGUGUAAUAAAAUACAUCAGAUAUGUUAUUGGUAAUGUUGACCAUGGAAGUGUGGUAUAUAGUCUUACAUUUUGAGUCAUACUUUUGGCUCAAUACUAACUGAUAUCUCUUUUUAGAGGUUUCACUUUAAGAAAGAACAAUAGUAUAAGUGUCCAUUGAUAAUGACUAUCAAACUUUUUUACGGCCAUCCCUUUCAAGUACGUACCACAGUCUUGGGGUUGGUUGAAUCAGUUUCACUCUAGGGUGUGUCCAGUUCUGGUGGCUUAAUCCCAGGCUAUUAGCAGUAGAGCAUAUACAUUAAGCAAGAGCAGGGAGUCGACAGACUUUGCUGGCCUCUUGGUGAUGUUACUGAGUUGCUUCAUGCUAUGGAAACCAGUGAAAACCUUCAAUUUGAUGCGCCCAUAGGCUGGGAAGGUGCUGGUUAGCUAGCCAACUAAGAAAAAUAUGAUCCUGUAAUGCUUUCAUUUCAGUCUCAACCUUUCCUUUUAAUAGGGUGUGGCCUUACAAAGCAGUUGAUGGUCCAGAAUUUGAUGAGCCAAACUGUGAAAUUGUUAAAGAUGCCCUACUAGCGGUAAUGCUUUGUUCAACUUUAAAAGAUAAAUUAUAGAUAAGCUAUUAUGGCUACUCAACUUCCAAGAUCUAAUUACAGUACUGAUAAAAAAUUAUGUGAUAAUUAAUUGUCUCAAAACACACACCAAUCAGGUGGUAUUCUCCCGUAAAUGGGCCAUUUUAAGUCAGUUUCUGUUAUUCAAGAUGUUCAGUCAGUGGUUAUUUUUGUAACUUGUUUCUUUUCUUUCUAUAAAAUACAAAAAUUGCAACUUGGCAAGAGGUUGACCAUACAAAUUUGGCAAAUGAAAGUGUUGCAAAUAAACAUGUACCAUGUCCUACUGGUUGUUAAUGUAGUGGACAUGAAAUGUCUUCCCACUUAUAUGGAGUUUAUUUUUGGGGGGGGGGCACCAACCAGAAUUUUUUUCCUGACAACCAUUUUACUACUGAAGGUUGCCAAAAGGCUCUGGAACUCGGGUUGUUACAAUUUCAGACAUGCGAGAACUUUUAAAGAUUUGCAUGACUUGGAGAAUCCCCACAUAGGCUUACAAGAUUUGAAGUUUGGGUAAAAAUUAUGUUAAACCUGAAUUUUUUAAAGUAACAAUGAAGACCUUUAGUUAUUAGGUAAUCAUUGAUAAUAAGCGUAAUUGAUGCUCUAGAUAUAGCAUUGCUUCUUUCAGAAAACAAAUCCUGCUGAUGGUCCUCUUCUUCUUUACUCUCUGGAGUUGCACUUCAUUCCUUCACAUGUACCUUGCACCAGCUCAAGAUACCGCUUAUUUACGCACCAAGGUACCUUGAUGGCAUUCAUCAUGGUAAGAUCAAAUUUUGGAGUGUUGUUAGACAGUUAAAAUCAGUUUGAGUUUUAUCUCCUUUUAUCUCUUGCAUUGUUACUCAGCCCACUCACAGAAACGAAAUUAACAACAGCAAACUCUGCUUGAGUAUUUAGCCUUGGGUUGUAACUCCAAAGAAAAGCAAUGUGAUCAGCAGUUUUGAAUAUUGACCUCUUAGUAGCUAAGUGUAAGGGCAGUACUGAGGAAUAUUGGCCUAAGGUCAUAGCGGUAUGGACUGCAGGCCAAUAUUACCCAGUGCAGCUCAAGCAAGCAAGGUUAGUAAGUAAUUUCAUACAUCAUUAUGGCACUUGGAUUAAACUUGUCUGGUUUGAAUUUACCACCUCUUUGUAAACACUUCUGAUAAUCAUUUCUGUGGAAACAUCUGUAUGGCAAAAUCCCAGCUAAGUAAGAACUAAUCAGAAUAGUUGGAUUAACCUCAAGGCAACCUGGCUGUAGACAUCUAUAUAAUAAGUAAUAUUGCAGAAUUUGGCUUUUUCUUUUGAAGCAACAAAAAUUUUAUCCCUCAUUAAAAGGUGAAUAUGAAAAAAUGUACCUGGAGCCCCAUUACAUAAGAUGCACAAGACUUAACAAUAUGCAUUUACUGUAUGGAUGCCCCCCCCCUUUAGAAAAACGUAUUUUUGCUUUAAUUGUGAUUUUUUUUAGGUUACCGGUAACCUUUACAUUUGAUUCUUGCAGGGAUAUAAUGAAGGGACAAAGGAAUGCAGAUAUUUCAGCUCUUCUGAGGAGGCAUUUGGAGCAUUCAUUGCUAUAAUAGAUCAGCAAUUUGCAGACGGUUACAAGAAAUUAUCAAAGUAUCCAUCACCCAAUAUUGGCUCUGACAGACUGAAACAGGUGGGUAUUAACUUAUGUAUUCAACAAAAAAUGGUAAUUUUUGUCUGAGUAAAAUAGAAGAAAAUGAGAAAUUCCUUAAUCUAGAGUGAGAGUAGUCCUGGAGGGGACUAUUUUAAGGGAGGGUGACAGAGGCUUUGACAAUCUGUUUGGAAGUUAUCCUCACAGAAAAAGGAUAUUUGAUAGUGUGGUCUGAUUGUCCUAGUUUGAGUAGUCCUGAGUCCCAAUCGCUCUGACAAAAGGCUAAUGCUCAAAACGUCAGCCUUUUAACUCUUUAUGGUGAUCAACUUAAUUGAUAACACUAAAUUACCCUGUAAUACCCUCCCACUGACACAGUACCACUGUUUCUCUAGAAACUUACCCCCUUUAUUCAUUAAUCCUGAGAGGGAUUGUUUUUGGUAGAAGUGAUUGACACUUUGGCAACCUUUGUGGAAGUCGUCAUCAAAGUUGACUCUGACAAGGACUCCAAGAGUUACUUGCAUCAAGGUUUUUGAAAUUUCAGUGAUUUUCUUUCCAACAAUAGUCCUCCUUGGGACUACUCUUACCCACUGAUAGGACAACAAGAUUGAAUAUUGCUCUGUAAGACAAAUUUAUGGCAUAAAAGAGGACACUCAAAUCGUAUUUUGUAGAACAAGAUACAACAUAUCUCAAGCUUAUUUCCCUAGGAAAAAUAUCUUUUUGUUGUCUAUUGAUAUAUGUCUCUUGUCUAUUUUCAGUUGGUGAAUGAGGAAUCAUCUUCACAGGAAGAUUCUUCAAUCUCCCCUGAAGUUGCAAACCUUAUCAAUUACAUUUGGAAUGAGGCAGUAGGCAGUCUGGCAGAUAUUCUGGCCACUCCUCUCAGUUCCAUCAAACUUGAGGAUGUAGAGAAAGCUGAAGCAAUCUUACUUUUAUUGAGAAAAUCAAUAGAUGAUGGUGAAGGGGUCAGCACUAUUCACCAGCUUUCUGAUGAGUUUUUCUCAGCUAUUCCUCACAAGAACAGAGGAGAAAACAUAAGUUCAAAGCGCCUCAUUGCUCAAAAACAAGACUUGUGUCAAGUAAGGAACAUCUCAGAUAUUAGAAAAGGUUGAUUCAUGAGUGUUUUUUAUCGUGUGGGUGGGAAUAGUUGUUUAACCCUUAAAUUCCUGAGAUCUGAUUGUUAAUUCUCCCCUCUAGUUGCUACACAUGUUCUUGUAAAUUAGUUAUGAGAAUUUGUGAUUACAACAUCUACCUGAAAAGUUUUAAGUAUUUUUAUUACCUGCUGGAUAUUAUAUGGAAUUAAAGGGAGAUGUUAUAUGUUAGUAACUUCUGGGAGUUGAAGAGUUAAAUUGCUGGUGUCAGUUAUACUGUUGAUCAUGAACAUCCUUUCAAAUGGCUUACUGGUAAAUUUCAUUGUAUUUGAAAGGAAGUUAUUUGAUUCGCCAGUUCUGAAAUACUGAUGACAAUUUUAAGAUUACAGUUUGGGUAGGUACAGUAAAGUUUACAAGGGUUACCCAUUUCUUCUGAUUGUAUCUUAAAUUAUCAUUUUUUGUUGACAGCUUAUUAAAGACAUGGUGAGCAUUGGCGAGUCUACAAACUGGAAAACCAGACAAGAUGUACAUUCCAAGUACAGAGCACUCAAGUCCUAUAUUGAAUGCCUUAACCAUGAAAGUGAUGGCUUCCAAAAAAUCCAAAAGCUUGUUAAAUCAAGCGAAACAAGGUAAGAAAAUCAAACAACUGAAGUUGAGAACUCCACUGUAAAACAACUACUAAUUUUUUUAGCAACACUUCUGGAGAUUUGAUAGCAUUCUACAAGUGUGUGAAUCACAAAAAAAAAAAAAGAAAAAGUGGGAGACGAGGUAGCCUCACAGUUAGUGCUCUGGACUCAGGGUCAAGCGGCUGGUCUCAAGACCUGGUGUUAAGGUUUUUAUUGGCUGUAAUCCUCCUAGAAUUAGAUUUUACUUGAUUCCAAGGCUCUAUCUUGUCAAAAAAAACUAUCCUUACUCGUGAACAACAACCUCUCUCAAAGGCUUAAACUCAAUUCUGGUAUGUGAAAGCUAAGCGUGGGUCAAUAAACAUGCCCUUUGAUAGGAUAAGCAGUAUUCGGUUUCAUGCCAGGUUCUAAUUAAAAAUUAUACAACUGUUGGCAACUGUUUGAGAUUCUUAAGGUUCAGUUCUUACUGUUCGUGUUCUGUUUCUUCACACCUGGCCAGGUCACUGUGUUGUGUUCGUUGGCCAAAUACUUCACUCUCACAGUGCUUCUCUCCACCCAGGCACCGGCCAGCGGUCAGGGAAGCCUGAUGAAAAGCUGGGUGGUUACCUGGCGAUGGACAAGCAUGCCAUCCAGGGAUUUAUGCUUUGGAAACCGGGAUAAGCUCCGGAUUGGGAGUGGGGAAGGAUGAGGGGGGAGGGGGGGGUAGGAUUUAGCUUACCUAUCGUGUUAAAGGUGUUCGUGAUAGAUGUAUUUUUAGACAUUGAACAGACGUAAGUCAGAGAUAUAAGAGUUAAAUAUAACUUGUAAAUGUUGCUCUCUUUGUCAGUCCUCCAGAGAUUGAUGUACUCAAUGUAUACUCUAUCCACCGUCCUGUGGAGGAAACUGCCUUUUCUCCCCACAUUGGAAAUAAUGCUCUUCUUUUCCAUGCAUCGAAGGUGAGCGCCAUUUGCAAAAGUAACGCUUAACUGUCACGGUCUUGUUAGUAAUUCUGCACUCUUUCCUUUUCUCUAGUUUUCUUCUAUAGUUUUGUGUAUAUUAAUAUUCUGUUUUAAUUUUAACCGCGCGUGCACUUGAUAUCUUAAAUCGUUAAAAGGAGACAGUAACAGGACAAGAUAUUAAAUUGAUUUACCCGGAGGUUUCCUUAAGGAAGAUACGUGCGCUAAUGGACAGUGGAGCUGAAGACAGUUGGCUGCAUAUAUGUAAAGGGUAUAUGUAAUGAUGUGACUUUAAUUUUAUUGCAGGUGGCAAACUUUGUAGGCAUACUUUCAAGGUACGUCUUUAUGAGUAUUAUUAAGAUUGUGGAUUGUUGUUGUUAUAACAUUGUUCGAAAUUAUAUCGAGCUUUCUUUUCUUCUAUUUCUCAAACCCUCAAGAGUCAUGUACAGUAUCAUAUUUUAGAGGAGGAGGGGAACAUGUGAGAUGUACUUUAAAUUUCUUGUAGAGGGCUUCUUAUGCCUAAAAUUGUCGUGGAUGACUUUGGAGGACAACGUUCAGACCCAGGAAUGUUAGGAAGUGGGAUUUACUUUUCCAAUUCUGCCAGGUAGGAGCUACUUGUGUGCUGAAUGAUCCAGCCUCGAUAAUCUACAGUCAGUGCCUCUCAAUCGAUUCAAACAAUGUGGUAAUCAAUAAAAGAUCUCCUCACGGGUUUAACUCUAGAAAGCCACACCUUUACGGGGCGUUGCGAUAUCUUCCACCGGUUUUUAUUGACUCGCGCCACGUAUCACGCUUUGGAGCGGUACUGUUCUUAGUCUGCAGCCAGGAUGAAGUUGUCACUUCUCUAAAUAAGAUACUCCGUCUUUUUUUUUCUUUUUUUUUUUUUUUUUUUUCCGGGAGGAAGAGGGGCGUUUGCUGCACACAUGCUGGAUAACCUGAGUUCCAUCUCUUACUGUGUCUAAGUAGGCGAAGUUAGGAAAGUAAAAAAUCAAUGGCUUUUGGUGACAACCGUUUUUCUUAUAUCAAAAUUAAGCUCAAACCUCGUCAUUUUCUUACUUUUUCUCAUAUAGCACCAGUGCCAAGUACUCGGCACCUGGAAGCAAGGGAUCAAGGCUUAUGCUUGUGAAUGAGGUCGCCUUGGGUAAAGUCAAGGUAACAAUCUUGAAACUCAUAGUAACACGAGAGGCUUCUAAAAAACCUUUUAAGAUGAUGAUGAACAACACAAUAUACCAUAGCCUGUAUGAAACGUCCUGUAUUUCCUCUGUUUCCUACGGAAAACGCUCUGAUGAAGUAACAGAAAUGGGUGAGUUCACAUUUCACGUGUAGGUCGCCCAAACUAUGUGGAUUAAGUUCGAGUUACCCCCAAAUUGCAGUCAGAGCUUGUUGCGGUUUUUGUUGCUUGAAACUUGAAACGACCAAGAGUAUUGCUACUGCAUCUUGAUGGGACGUAGGGUUAUCUCAGGUUGCUCCCCCCCCUUCCUCUCUAGCCCUUCCUCCCCCCUCGCCCAUUUAUACUCAUGGGUGGAGAGAGGCUCUGUGACAGUAAAGUGUUUCUCCAAAGUAAACAGCACUAUAGUUCUGACCAGAAUUCGAACUCUUACAAUGUGAUUGUGAGUUUGGUACCUGAACGUUAAUCGUCGAGCCUCUAUGUUCGAUCCCAAGGGAAGGGGGGUGGGAAGCCAAUUAAGAUGUUUCUAUUGGUCAAUAAGGUGUGACGUUCAAAGCACAAGCAACAACCGAUGUAAUUGGUGUUUUGUGGUUCCUCAGGAGUUCAAGACAUUUGCCAUGGAUUUGACCUCGCCUCCACCAGGUUAUAGCAGCUGCCAGGGAAUGAGAAACACGGAUAAUGAGCCUUCUGACUUUAAGGUCGGUUGUGUAGGCAUUUAAAGUAAGCAAGUUGCUUCCACCAGACUGCUGUAACUGACAAAAUCGUUUUUGCUCUUCAGGACGACGAGUUUGCCAUCUACAACGGGAACCAACAGAAAAUAAGGUAACUGUAAUAGUGCUUGGUGUCCAUCAGCUAGCUUUGAGGGUUGCAGUUAAGAGGACUUCAUAGAUCUGAUUCAUAAACUGGUUUACAUUUUCUUUUAAAUUAGUUGGGAGGAUUUGGUGUUAUAUCAACACAUAUUUUCUUGAUAAGAUUUUCCAUUCUCGGUAUUUGUUUGUUGGAUAAUAGAUGCAUAUUAAAAAGAGACGGUGCAUCUUGAUCAAAUCUGGAUCUGUAAAAUAAACUGAGGCCAAGCUUUGGCCGGGAAACGAUUUUUCGUUUCUGGCAAAGCCUGAAGUGAUACAGUCUCUCUUCCUUCCCAGAGUUGUUAGGGAGCUUACUUGAGGCUGUUUACUACCCUAAGUCACGUAAUGCUAAAAAAAAAAGUGCGUUAAGCCUCGGCAGUUAUGCAGGGCCAGAUUUAUUUGAUACUUUUUUAGAACUAUAACCUUUAUUUACGAUACGUGUGUGUAAAAUAUCUGUCCAAAGAUCUUUAAAAAUUUCCAUUUUUUUGCAGAUAUCUGGUUGAGUUUGUGUUGCGUGGUGAUGUUGUAGUCACUGAUCGAGAUGAUGCCUCGAUUGAUAGUGGGUUUUUCGAUGAUAGCUCGGAAGCUGCUGCCAAAGGUAUUGAAUGAACGUCCUCUAUUUUGACAUUUUUUUUGUAGGUUUCUAAAAUUAAGGUGGCAGGUCGCUGUUAUUCAAUUAUAUUAUGGAUAAUAAAUUGCGAUAUGAGUCUAUUUGCUAUUUGUUAGUGCUUUUAAGCAUGUUCUUACAAUAGUUGAAAAUGUAACUAGAGUUUUGAACUGAUUUCAAAUGCUUUUUCCUAGACCAUCGCGGCAGUGUAGUCCUAACGGAUGUGAUGUCAAUUGUGGAUCCUCUGACUAAAGUUGAGGCAGGACUUAAGGGAACUGGAGACAAGUCCAUCCCGUUGCAGUCAGUUCAUAUUAAAGCUAGGCUGUUGGAUUUGGCGGCUCAGGUUGGUCAAAUUGCCGAGGAAAAUUUGAUUAAGCUUAUUUGGUAGGCUACAUCAUUCAUUCCCUUUCUGAUUGAGCUGCAUCGCGAUCUGUGAUAUUAUGUCACAUUUUUUCCGGUUUCUGGGCGCGAAAAAUCAAUUUCUUCUUGAAGAAGGCUACAAAAUAUUAGAUCGGCAAGGUGGGAAAACAUCGAAGGGGAGAAGAUAAACCAAGAGGGAGAAGUAUGGUCAAGGAUGGCGCAGAUUGACAUGGAUUGCAAAUUAGUAAUGAUUAGUAAUGACUAAUGAUUAGUUUGAUUAGACAGGAAAACACCAGAGAAGCAAGACUAAACUAAGAAGGAAGAAGUACGGUUAAGGAUAGAGAAGAUUCAUACGGAUUGCAAGCGAUCUAGUUUAAGAUGCCCGAAGCGUGACGUAGCUCCUAUCGUCUCUCUCCAAGAGCUUUUUGAGUUUUUUUGGCAAUGAUAAGCUUACAAAUCAUUUUUAUAUUAUUAUUUUUUUUUUUACCACAGGUGAUAGUUUUUCAAGAGUACAGCAAUAACAGCUCGACGCCCAUAGAAGCUAAAUACGUUUUCCCUCUCGACGACAUGGCAGCAGGUUUGUCUUUAGUCGACGGCCUGAUAGUUUAUAGAAAAAUUCGAAACUCUUUUUAAAAAACUUGUGUGAUGAACUUUCGAACUCCUGUAAUUUGUAUCUUGGCUACGGCAGAUGACCUUCGGACUUGUGGUUAUAGUUGAGGGGUAAACUUUGUUGGAUUCUCAUAUUAUCCAGGAGAUUCACUUCUCUGUAAUAGUUUUUUCCCUUGUUUUGGUUGAGAGAAUGAAUUCAAAAUUAAGGGUUCACGUUGCCGACGAAUCGGGCCCGCUGUUUUAUCUUAACGGGGUUUAAAAAGCUCCCGAAGUACUGUUGAAUAGAAGUUUAACAUACCUUCUCUGUCGACGUCCUUCUGGUCAUAGUUUGUGGUUUUGAGGCGUUCAUCAAUGGUAAGCAUAUCGUUGGUGAAGUGAAGGAAAAAGAACAAGCGCACAAAGAAUAUAGGGAAGCCAUCAGCAAGGGGCAUGGGGCCUACCUUAUGGACGAGGAAACUCCGGUAGGUAACGUGUUUUCCACCUGAUUUUCGACCACGAAACUUCAUCUACGUUGUGUUGUGAUAUCGAAGUUGCUCAUUUGAAUUGAGUGAACACAAGAAGAAUUUAUAGGUCUAAACUUCGAAAAGGUUAUAUUUUUUUAGUUAUCCUGUCUCCUUCAAACAAAGUUUUGGCUAUCAUGCAAUUCGUACACCUCCACCUUUGUGGCGAAGUCUUUAGUGGUCUCCUCGUAGAUUUCUUGAAACGUAGAAUCUUUAGAGUAAAUGUUCAUUUGUUGUUAUAUGGAGUAAGACUGCGCCACCACCACAACAUGUCGCCCCCUUUCUCCGAAUUCUCUGGGUUCCUCAAGGAAACGCUAAUAAGAUCCCACCCUUUAUUUAUAUCUCAUAUUUCUCUUGCUUAUUUCAUAUUUACUCAGGAUGUGUUUACAGUCAGUGUUGGAAACCUUCCUCCCGGUGCUCAAGUAUUAAUCAAGAUAACUUAUGUCACUGAAUUAACAGUGGACGGCGAACACAUCUGUUUCUCUCUCCCAGGCUCCGUGGCUCCGUGGACACGUGACAAGGCCUUAGAAGAAGUAACUCAGGUCAUGAGCCACAUUUUAUGCCUUCUUUCACUUACUUCUUUUGUGUUGUUGCGCGUUUGACUUCAACUUCAUCGUUGAAUCAAGUUCUUUUGUUUUUUUUUCUUAUCAGACUUCUGUGGAUACAGUGCGGAUAGGGGAAGUGGGACCCUGGUGAGUUCUGGGAUGGGAGUGCGUUGAUUUGUAAACAGCUGUUAAUUUUUUCUCUUUAUUUUUGAAAGUUGCUCGGGUGCAACCUUGAGAAAUAAAGCUGCAUUUACUUUUUUUAUUAUCCUUUAUUCGUUGUUCUCUUUCAGCGAUCCCGCCUUUGACGUUUCUAUGAAAGUGUCCGUGGAGAUGCCCUUUGAGAUUCGCUCACUUGACUCACCGACCCAUGCGAUGAAAGUUAAGGUAAUAUUCAUUCACUCAUGCUUUUGUGGAGCACUUUUUCAUUGCGUAUCGAAAAUGUAACGGACUGCAUUGGCUACUUUCAACUAUGUUUUGUGACUGGUCCAGAAAACUCGCGCCUUCUUCUUCUCAAUUAAUCAGUUACAAGACUAAAAGCGAUCACGACUUGAUCGCCCGCGUUUUCCUGCGCUUCACGAGGUUUCGGUUUUACUUUGAUAUCUCAUUGAUAUUUUCCUCAAGUUUUGGUUUUAAAAUACGCAAUUGAAUAGCACUCUCUAGUUAUAUUUCUUGACUUCAUUUCUUACUUGUGCCUUUCGCACUUCCUCUUCUAUCCACGAUUCUAGAGAGGAAGAUUUUAAUCGCCUUUUGUCAAUUGUAAACUAUAUGUUGAUAAAGGUAGAUGAGUCGCUGCAGCGAAUUUUGAAAACCUAGCGUUUCGAGCAUUAGCCCAGCAUAACGUUGUUAUCUGAAUAUUCAUGUUUGUUUGUUUCUCUAUCCAGCGAACAGCCACCAAAGCAGUGAUAGAACUGGAGCCAGGCCAGUCUCUUGGAGAUGGAUUUCAACUUUUGAUUGGUUUAGCAGAGAUUCACGUACCCCGGAUGUGGGUGGAGCGGCACACCAACAAUUCAGAUAGACAGGUCAGUGGUCAGCUCUCUGGUGUUAUCUUUCACAUUGAACACUUACAAUCACUUGUACUUUUGAUGUAAAGAGGCGGAAUAGCAAGGUUAAUACUCAGGACCUGUGACGACCUGCCUUUCCAUUCCAAAGGAGUUAAGAUCCUGUUAGUUGCUUUCUGCUGUGGAAGGGCGAUGAGGGCCACGUGUGUUCUUCUCUAAAGACCUUUAAUCUCAUGGACGCAUUCCUCCUCUAGGCUUGUAUGCUCACAUUUUAUCCUGAGUUCGAGGCUAAAAGUCCUUCUGAAGUUGAAGUGAUAUUUCUGCUUGAUCUCUCCUGCUCAAUGAAGGUCAGUGUUGAUUUCUGUCAAUAUAUUAUUUGUACGUUUCUGUACAGAAGCGCGUAUUAGUUAUGUUCUUCGCAUGUUAAAGAAAAUCCCUCUGGGAAUCAAAUGAGAGCUGUUCAUUUCCGGCGCUAAUCUCAAACUCCAGAACCAUUUAAUUAGGAAAUUUGCGUCAUUUUUCUAUGGUUUGUUUACAGCUGUUUAAUCUCAGGUUGUGCUAUUUGUACUUUCCGAAGGAAACGAUAAGCCAGGGCAAGGAAGGUACCUGGGUCAAUUUUUGCCGACAACGUGCCGCUGGCCUCUCAGAACCCCAACCCCAUUGUAGUAUAUACUUUAGCCAAUUACAGACCCCAUCUUAAUCACUUUUGGUAACAUGGUAUCAACUUUUUAGCCGGGAAUCUUCCCAUCUUUAAAUCCCUACUUGACAGAAACCUCCUACCCCUAUAAUGCCGAAAAUGGACGAACUCAUUCUAGUAAAUAAAGGGGUAAGUUUCUAAAGAAACUGUGGUGCUGCAUCGGUGGGAGAGUAAUGUAUUAUCAACUGAGUUGAAAAGGUAAAUUGGCCACCGUAAAGAGUUUAAAAGCUGACGUUUUUAGCGUUAGCCCUUCGUCACACACAACCCACAAUUCCUCCAAUCGCUCUGACGAAGGGCUAAUGCUUUGAAACUCUUUACGGUGGCCAAUUUACGUUAUCAAUUCAUUUGAUAAUACUAAAUUAACCAUUCUAGUAACUCCAUUGAAAAUACGACCUCAUUGCAGUCAAUCCUGUCGUUUGAGCGACCCCAUCCAGUGGCACAUUCUCAUUAGCCUUUUACAAGGAACGAACCAAGCUCUAGGGUUACUGUGAAAUCUGAUUUCAGAUCUAAAAGCUUUAAAAGAAAAUUCAGUCAAAUUCUUUUUGUCUAGAUUAUGUCUAUUUGAUGCUUUAAAAAUAAAAUUGAAAACUACCCCUAAAAGGAUUUUGAGUAAAGGAAUAAAGAGACCCAGACUAAAAUUUGAUCCUGGGUUAGCGCUAAUCGGCCUUCGAACAACUGGGCCCAGAACUGCACCAUUGUCCUUAUUGCUCUGAAAAAAAUAUGUUAUACCGCUGACAUCUGUUUUAUCUAACAGGGUUCAAAUCUUAACGACGCCAAAAAGAUACUACUGAUGUGCCUUAGUCUUGUGAAGGAAGGUUGGAUUUUCAACGUACUCGUGUUUGGAAGCAGUAAGUUCAUUUGUGUGUUAAAGGGAUUUUUUGAAAAAAGAUAUACCACGGACUAACACAUUGCAACUCAAAUGCGUUUCUUCAUUGGAAAAGAAAGUUUCAUGUGUCUUAUCUCAUACUAGUCCAUGGUCAUAUUUUCUUCAGAAUAGCUAAUUGCACGCGCUCAUGCGCCUCACAUUCGUAGACUCCUUUGAAGCCACGUUAGACAUAAGAGGGCACCACUCCUAAAGCACGAAGAUCAGAACAGUGCCAAAAGAGAGGCUCGAAAAAAAUCUAUUUUAAACGAGACUUAGAGAAAAUUUUUUAACAACUAAUGUCUUCAGGCACCACGAUGUUUGCACAUACUCGUCCCCAUGAUGUGCACGGUCGUCAGCAAUGUUCCUGGAGCCGACACCACAACUGUGGUGCGAUAUUCGUGAACCGUUAGAGUGGAAUCGAAAUAUCUGAAGUUUUAAUUUUUGAACACAUCUUAAACCACCUGGAUUUAGAUGUUAAAUAGUGUGCAUUUUGAAGCGUAAUUUUGUAACAAAUAGCAAAUAUGAAAUAACUAUCCUUGAAAAACGCCAGUGCAUUUCAGCAUGAUAAUCAGUCGCGCGUUAAUGUCACGUCGUAACGAUUGCGGAUUUCAAGACAUUUAAAAAAUUUCACUUAUGGUGUGACGUAUUUUCCUUUCUUCAAGUACUCCCUUCAAGAUUCUUGAGCGUAAGCUUCUUCUCUCCAACCUUUUUAUUUAAACCUCUGUUCAAUGUGUUCAUAACUCUCAAAUGAAUAAAGCAAUGGUUAAACUGUGCGAGGGAGAGAGAAAGAAACUUGGUUUUGCUUCAUUCUUUACAGAUAUUGUGAAAAUCACUCUAUUCUGUCACGAGUCAAUUAUUUAGUCAAAAGAUAAUCAGACUCUUUAAUUGGUAGUAGUUUAAAGUCCAUAUACUCAAAACUUUGAAACCAUUAUUAAAUCCACCGGAUACAGAUGCUUUAGAAGGAUUUUACUGUAAAGUUUUCUCCAGAAUGUGUCUUUUAAUUUGUCGUUUUCUAAUGAUUUUUCGUUAUUUAAAAUGUGCAACCCACGAAGAUGACUUUGUACGUGCGCAAGUUAGAUCUGCUCAGUUCUUACGUAUUGUUUGGAAUUUGCAUAAUUGUUUUUACAGUUUGCAAUAUCAAUUCAUCAACAAGCGAAGCGCCGGCGCCGGUUCAGAAAAACAAAAAUAUUUUUGGGAGCGGAGAAAUCGUUAAAAAUGACGAAGGUGCUGACGAGACAAGGAAAGCUUAAACAAGUUGAACGAAAUGGUGCGGUGAUGUCGCACGAUUUAGAUGAUAGUGUUUACAAAAAUGGGUCACUGAAAGAAGAUAAAACUGAAGAGGUCCACCGCUACUCCAUGUUAUUACGUGAAGAUCAAAUCCCACAAGCUUUCCGCACCGAGUUUCUUACGACAAGAUACCGGCCGCGAAACCUGAACGCUCUCGAUAGCGUGAAGAGUGUUUUCUACGCCAACAACGAGACAGUAAAUUUCUGGAGCCAUGUUCUCUCCGCCGUGAUACUCAUUGCCCGCUACUGCUCAGUGGUGUGGAACCAUAAUCCUUUCACUGAUCAUUUUUAUUUUCCACUGGUGUCGUACACUCUCGGCUGCUGCAUUAUGUACACGAUGAGUUGUGUGGCCCAUAUGUUCAGCUCUAUGACCGAGCUACAAAACCACAUCGGGUACUACCUGGAUUACGCUGCUAUCAGCGUAUACACAUUCACUAAUGGCCAAGCCUUCUAUUUUUACUGCCAUCCGCUAGGAUCUGGGCUCCUUUUGUUCGACUGGCGGGAGUUGUUCCUAUUCGUUUCAGCCCUGAUUUCGUUCAGUGCCACUUUCAACUGUUGCAAGUCUCGUCAUCAGUGGUUCGAUCUCCGUUUCAUCGUCCGCACCGGUUUCUACAUCCUAUCCUGGUUGCACAACUGUUCACCGUACUUCGUUCGUCUGUUCAUGUGCUCUUCUGAUCCUGCAUGCAAUCCCGAUUCUCUUGGUCUCUUCGUAGGGUGUCUUAUCUCGUUCGCCGCCGCUGCCUUAAUGAAUAUGACCCGAAUACCUGAACGGUUCGUUCCCGGGUUCUUCGAUUUUAUCGGGCAAAGUCACAACUUUCUUCAUUUGCUUACCACUACCGGUGACCAUUUUGCAUUCUCCGUUCUCCUUUCGGAUCUCUCAGCCAGAAAAGAAUUCCUCAUCACGGAACAUACACCGAGUUUUUUCGAGACGAUCGGUUUGACUCUUUUAGUUCUGGUUGGGAAUCUCGCUAUCGUAUUCUGGUUUGCUAGGUCUUUAAUUUCGAAUUCAUCCGGUAAAAUUGGACAUGAUAAAUCUAAUUAAACUGAACUUUUAAAUUUCUGCGAAGGAAGGCGAGAAGUUCGCCUAUGUUGCAAAUACUGUAAUUUGAUCGAAGUGGAUGUUUCUUCCAAAAGUAAAAUUUAUGUUAAGUUUGCCAUGGUUUUUCUAAGGAGGAACGCGUGAAAAUUGUAAAGAAGAACGAGCGGUUUGCUUUCUACUGUUGAGAUACAUAUAGUAUGAAUUUAGUUGAAUAUUUUUUAUGUUAUUUUAAGUACGGAUGUUUUAUGUCACCGAGGCAAGUUGUCCUCUUCAGAGAAUUGUCCGAAACUUUUUAUUUCAAUUAGGACUUGAUCUUUUCAUGAGGUUUUUUAUAUAUAUUUUUAAUUAGAAAGGUAUUUGAAUUCAUUUUUUGCAGAUAUCAAUGGCCUGUUAACACUUCAGUGUUCCACGCUAUUCUUGUGCUGAUCAUUGUAAUGUAAUGUCCAUGAAAAUUGCAUGAAAAUGAACUUUUUACAGACAUAGUACCUUUGUUCUACUUGUAAAUUGAUUUCAUGAUUUUUUUUACUCGCAAAAUGUUUUUACCAUUGUGGUUAAAACAAAUUUUGAGACAGCUUUGGUCAUCGUACUCGAACUGUUAUCAGAAUAACUGCUUUUAAGUGGCGUACAUUCAAUCCUCGUUUCAGCUGCUCUCUUUAAAUGAACGGCCCUCUAAUAAAAAUUAGAAACAAUUGAAAAAAGCGCUCUCUUCCGUCCCUUUGUUGUAAGGACGAGUUAGAAAACCUUUAAGAACAAUGUUUUAUUAUGAGAGAGGAUUAGAUUUCGGCGUUGAUUCUUUGACUGGUUUAUAACACUCGUCUAUCCUUUCUUCCAAUAACUGAUAAUAGCUUCUAACUAAAGCAUUUCAAUAAAGGAAACCAUUUUCUUUUCUUCUACAUAGCGCUCAUCGCAAAAUUGUAAGUUGUGACCGAUCCUAACAUUCACCAUCUUUCUAUUCUACUCAUAGUAUCUGGUUUUUGUUGUUGUUUUUUUCUUUGUUUUUGUUUUUGUUUUUUUCAUUCUGCAUCUUAAAGUGACCACAUCUGGCCUCGUUUUUGGGAAAAAUUCAAUGAGUGUCUUCUCUUGCCCUUGUAAAAGCGCCCAUUUAUUUCCUAUAUUAAAAUAUACGCCCUAAACGCGAAGAUUUUCAAAGGUGCUUGCUUCCGGAUGUUUUUAUGGGUCUGAAGUAGUUGUUGUUUUAUCAAGAGCUGCAUGGAAUUUUGAUAUGUUUCCUCGUGAUACCUUAUCUCAAGUAGAGAGAAUAAUAUUCUUUUCAGAUAUUACAUCAACUUGUUCCUGUGGUAGCCCUGCUCGCAUUGUGCGGGGCUCCACGUGAAGGGCUAUUUUAAGAGCUCUAUAAAGCAGUCUACUUUUAGUCUAGUUCAAAGGAUAUAUUACGACUGUGGAACUCUAUCCACUUAGAGCAUCCUUUUGAUGAUAGGUUAUUGCAUCUAAAAAAUUCUUCUCAAUAAUUUAAGGGAAUUAUCCGUCUAGACAGAAAUUAUAACAAGAAGACUGACUGUGCGUGCAUUUCAUGCAUGCGCUUCAACCGUUACAUUCAAGCAAACGUAGUGAUUUAUAACACUACGAUUAGCGAAUUUCCGCUGAAACGCUAACGUUUCCAUAGAAAUUUGUUAAAUAAAACUUUUCUGGUGACUUGAUUGUCCAGAGUUAUCACCUGCUUUGAUGCUAUAAAGAAACAAAAAAAGCGAGAAGCCCUCACGAAAGGGUACUGCUUCUAGCAACCUUUUCUCUAUCCAAUGAAUGAAUUUUAUCGUUUUGUUUCGCUACAGUAUUGUAUCACCUAGCUUUGUUAAUUCGUUUAAUGUACAUUUUAAAGCUAUACCGAAACAUCCGCGAAGAACGAGGAAAAUCAGAUUCGUGUUGAUUUUCCUAGAUAGAAUAAAUCACAACGGAAUUGUUUUUAACAGAUUUUUACAUACAUCUCUGUACAAUUAACUCCAAUUUCAUGCGGUCCGUUUUUUUGUAAUACAUUGCAAAGUCGAUGGUUCGAAUACUCAAUGAGUGACAUUGAUAAAUUUUUGUGGAGUUUAUCACGAACGUGUUUUUACCUUGAAAUACAAAUUGUUAACUAGUAUUACUGUUUUGUUUCAAAUUAUUUUCAGUUUGGCCCAUAUUUACGCAACUAUUCAAAUAUAAACAGAGGGUCCCUCGAGACUUAUACAAUAAAUAUUAACAUGAAUAAUGAUGACUUUCCUAAUUUAUCAAAUUUAUGCGCCACAGGCGAGAAAAUCAAGAUUUUACGAAAAUCUUUUGUUCGCCUUUAUAAUACUGGCAAAGGUAAUUGCUGGCGUUCUAACGCUGGGAGAUGCUUUCGAGAAAGAUGAUCUGGUAAAUAUUUAAAAUUUACAUGACGUUAGUCAACGCGAGCAGACGCGCGAGGGAUUCUACAAGCCAGUUGAACUUAUUGUGUCAUCCAUUUCAUACCGGUUUUAGCGCUGGCUUUGUUUUGUUCGGGAAUGUUGUAUUAAUCUGUGGUUUCGUGUAGUUCUUAAUGAACUUUUCAAGUGAAUGUCUGCGUAUCUGUCCUGCCAGUGUAGCAGAGAACGAUUUUAUUUAUUCAUGAUAAGCGUCGCGACUGGUAAGCGGUCCGAUCAGCGCUUGGCGUUUUCAGAACUGGUAGCGGUUUGAUAUCAGUGCUUGACUUGACAACCGGGUAAGCUCAAGGAAAUUGAGCAAAAGCGAAAGCACCUAGGAAAUCAGCCGUAGGUGAGCCACAUUUUUUAUUUAACGGCGGGAAUCUUCAAGUGAAUGACCCACAAAUGAAUAAACUGUUGUCUAAUUGAGGAAGACAACGCCAUCAAUCAAUUUUAUCGCUGAGUGAAACGAAAGAAGGAGCUGUUAAUCCGUGAGAAUGCAUUUAAAGACGUACAAAAGGCCUCAACAACCCAACGAAAUGAAAGAAAGAACGCCGACAAACUGUCACGAAUGGGAAAAUAAUUUUUCAGCCUACGACAAUAUGAAGAAAACUUCAAGUGUAAAAGAGAACUCUGAAGGGACGAACAAGAAAAAGUACGGCUUGUCAAGCAACCAAAUCCCUGAAGUGUUCAGGACGCCAUUCAUCGUGUCUGGUUAUCGACGACCCGGAUUAACCUUCUGGGAAUGUAUCAGAAGUUUGCUCCGAUCUUCCAACGAAACUAUAAACGUCUGGAGCCACCUGCUCGCUCUAGUACUGUUCGUGUCUGUAAACAUGACGUCCUUACCCACGACUGACCCAUUUUUUCUGCCGCUGAUCUCCUUCGCCGUGGGAAUUUCGGUUCUGUAUUUAAUGAGUACCUCUGCACAUCUUUUCAACUGCAUGUCAGAGGAUUCCCAUAGAAUUUGUUUCUUCUUUGACUACGCAGCUAUCGGGUUUUACACGUUCACGGCCGGGCAAGCAAUGUUUUUCUACUCUAGGACCGCGGGCGCGUCUGCUUGGGCAGUGCACGAUUCGCUUACCGUUUUCCAGUCUAUUUCGACGUUCUUUUCGUUUUUCAUAACUUUUUUGUGUUGCGCAUCAAACCAUCCUCGUUGUAAAGAUUACAAAGCCUUGCUGAGGGUCGCCGUUCUUGCCGUAAAUUGGCUUGUUAUCACAUCACCGUACACGGUCCGUAUUUUGUUAUGUGAAAACGCCGACCCAGCGUAUAACCGCAUAUCCACGGUGUAUUUCAAACGUCAUGUUGUCUUCUGCGGUUUAGGCGCCGCGCUGUACGCCGCGAGAGUUCCAGAACGUUUAAUGGCAGGUGUGUUCGAUAAUUUUGGCCAAAGCCACAACUUAGCUCAUAUAUUGAUCGCCAUGGGUAUCCAACAGGCGUUCAACGCGGCCCAAGUGGAUCUUCAAGAAAGGAGAUCAGCUCUGUUAGAUCGUUUUUCUUCACAGCCCACUCUUAUGAACACGGUCGGCGUGGCCAUGUUUGUUCUCUUUGGACAUGUUGCUAUUGUCUUGUGGUGUGCGGGAAAGCUGCGUUCUGUAAAGCACAAACCUGAGAGUAUUAACAAUUAGUUAUCGCAUAAACUGAGAAUGAUUUCAGACUUAUUUUUAAGGCUUUAAAUAUUACAUUUUCUUUGAGUCCUUUCCGCGUUUUUCAAAAACGGUGAUAUAAGAUCUCCCAUAUAGGAAACCAAAAAUAGUGAAGGAAUGACUUUUAUCUCCAUUUAAUGUAGUUACUGAGCGAUGUAUUGACUCGUUCUCCGCAGCAUGCAAAAUUAUACUGAUGUGAUUUAUGUAGGCGACGGAGAGACUUAUCCAAGAGUGUUUAGCGGCAUAAAGUCGCUCAGGUUGUUUCAAGAACAUGAAUAACGAGCCGUUGGGCGAAUGAUUGUCAGUCUUUCUGAGUGUUCUUCGAAUAUCCCGUGAGUGUUUAUCACGGCAUAAACCCUUGGAAAAUGUAUCUUACUUCUUUCAUGACAUAACCUUAACAUGGAUUUUGUCAGGUGGUGAAUUAAAUUUAUUUCAAUCAUAAAAGCGAUUGUUAUGUGGUGCUUAAUUGUUUAUUGGCGUUAGAAACCAAUCAAAAUGCUCGAAAGAGUAAGGAGGACCUGCAUUAGCCCAAUAGUUGAAAAAAAUGAGAUGAAAGAUUCAGAAGAAGUUAUGAAGAGAACUAACCAGGGCUAACGUAAUUUUAAAUGAAGCACAACCUCGUUCAGAGACAAAUAGAGACUGAUCAAUUUUGACAGUGAAAUCAAGAAUAUCGUAUCCAGAAAUUGUUUGACGAAUGCGAAAGAGUACUACUGCGUACAAAAACCUUGCAAGCUUAGAACUCAGGUCUGCACCAGGAAUUUUUUCUCGGUUUUAGUUUAUCUCCGCGAACUCUGCUCUUCUAGCGUUUUUCCUAUUCUGUUUACUCAAUUCGAAUUGUAUGAAAAGCAGUCAUGCCAGAAUGCACGAAAUGCCAUGUACAUAAGUUUAUAUUUAGCUACUUUAUAGUCACAAUGUAGUACCUCUUCUUUAAUUAAAUAGUUCUAAUUUUCCUUGCAGUCAGUACUGAGCAAUGGUCAUAAAUCCUCCACAAAACCCUCAACAAUUGUUUUACAGAAAAAACCUUCCGAACCAGCUUCAAUCGCAGAUCAGAAAAUCAAAAGUUUCUGUAAUUUAUUUGAAUUAGAAUAUUUAUUGUCUCGUCAACAAUUCAGAUGUACAUAUGAAUAGCGUUUGAUUUGCCAGGUGCUCUCCUCAUUUUGUGGGAGUCAAUGGCCUGGUAGAACGUGGGCUCGGAAACGGAAUUGACCAAUCAACUCGCGCAUACCUUAGAAUCCUUGGUUAUAAAUUUGAUUGCCAUGAACAUUGAAGUUAAAAUAAGAGUAACACGCUCCAUUUCUAUGCUCUUUUCGUAAAUCCGUGGACGCUACAUUUCUGUCAAUGGUUUGUUGACUACAAACAAGAGAUUAGUUUAUAAAUAUAUAUUUAAAUAUAUGAAAUUCAUUUAUCUAAAAUCUUCAUUAAUUACUUGGAUGGUUUAUUUGGACCCAACUUAAUGACCAGCUCCCAGUUGGCUUGUUAGCUCAGUUGGUAAAGCGCUGCACCGGUAUUGCAGAGGUCAUGGGCUCAAAUCCCGUACGAGCCUGAAUUUUUUUCAGGUCCUAUUUUCAACUACUCGUUUCAGUAGUGUUCUUAGCUGCGAGGAUCUCUUAAUUUCAUCUCUUCACCGCAGUGCAAAUAUAUGAAAUUCAGAUUAGUUUGUAGUUUAACUACUGUAUUUUGACGGCAGGUAGGGAGGGACACCUUUAAUUGUCAACUUACUCUGUAAACGUUUUUUAGCAUUUCCAUCGCGUCUUUAGCCCUUUGUGCAGCUUCAAAUUGAUAUUAAAUCAGUUCAGUUAACUGGCUGUACUUGUCUGUUUUCAGAACAUUCAGAGCUGUUUCUAUAUAGCGUACAAAAAGACAAAGAUUCUUUUGAAGAAGCUAAAAAAUUUGUCGAGGUAAGCAAACUCCUAAGCUUCCGUAGGGUGGCUCAGUUGACCAGACACAUAUCGGCGUAUACUAGGAGCUCAUUAAUGGGCUCCUGCGUUUACUCAGAUUCUCGCAAUGGUAAAAUAUGAGCACAGGCUGCAUACGAUUUUCUCAGUUAUUUCACUUGAAAAUUUCUCAUGCUGGCAAAAUUUACCGCGUGGAAGGCACGUGAAAAGAAUUUAAAGACUUGUUGAGAAUGUAAUUCCUUCCUCAGAUUGCCUUCUCAUUGAACAUAACAUUCUUUUUCUGUGCAAACGAAGUAAAAUGCCAUUCCAUUCCUUUGGUUUUCAACCCGGUUGAAAGUCAAGAUCGUUAGUUAUUACGUCAUUUUUUCCAGUCCUUAACCGCUGACAAAGGCAGCACAGAGUUGUGGCGAGUCCUUCGGAAGCUGUACAUGUUACCCACCUUAUCGACCGCUGACCACCCACGAAAUCUGUUCUUAAUCUCGGAUGGCCACGUGACAGAAGAGGAAACCACUCUUGGCUUGAUCCGCAAUCAUUGCCAAAGUGACAGGCUCUUUUCCCUUGGUGUGGGGUAAGUAACCGGAAAAGGGCCUUUCCAGGUUAGGAUCGUAUUGUACCAUAUCUCCCAAAGGCUUCAGCUCUGUGUUGGAUGCUCAAGCUAAGUUUAAAUUUUGCAAACACUCAGGAAGGGCGUUUUGAGCUCUCAGAUUUUGUAAACUUAAUGUUUUUUUCAUGAGAUAAAGCUUCCCUUGUUUUUAAUCUUAGCGAAGAGAUCCAAAGAUGUCGUCCAAUUCGGUCUUCUUUUCUUUUCUGAUGACAGUCGACUCAAGUCCGUGUGCUGCGGUUGGAUGCCGGUACCAACUGAGCUACGAUGCUUCAAGUUAGGAUUGAGGCAGAUCUCGGGGUGCGCAGCAUCCCGUAAAGAAAUGUGAUCUCUGAUACUAAAUUAUUUUUUCCUGUUCUACCUGUAGACGAUAAGUGACAAUUCGGAUUUUUGGUUAAACGCCACCGAUGACUUGAGGUGUUACCUUCAAAAUUGCUAUAUAUACCCGUUUGUAUGCAAGAAGUUUCUCAUCACUACACAUUGUUUGGUUCGUUUCCUUUUCUCAGUUCCACGGCCAAUCGUUACCUUCUACGAGCAAUGUCCAGAGUUGGAGCUGGUGCCUCAGAGUUUUUUGACGGUAGUGCCAAGUCUAAAUGGGAAAGAAAGGUAUGGAAUUCCUGUCAACAGAAAAGGCUAUUAUGACUCGAGAUGAAAAUUGAUGGCAUGAAAUUAUUUAUCGAUGACAACUUCCGCCAAUCUUCAUAGUCUCUUAGAAAACGGCCAUAGCUUCUGGAUAAAUUGAGUAUCCAAAGAAUAUUUAAGAAUUCGUUGUUGAGAAAAUAAUGUUCAUUUAGGUGAGAUCGCAGUUGUCCAAAGCUGAGCAACCAGGCCUGACAUCAGUGGGAGUAACCUGGCAGCAGCACGAUUCCGGGUCCAGUCCCCCUGUACAAGCUCCUCACCAACUCUUGUCGCUGUUCAACGGUUCUAGACAAGUGGUUUAUGGAUUUGUUGAUAACUGCACACAGGUAACUACUGAUUUUCUGACAUCAAGUUCAUUUUAAGGCCACACUGAUGCUUUGAAUUUUUCUGAACUCCUACCAGGCCACCUUGAGCGCAGAGGUUAACGGCACAACGGUAUCAACCAUGGUGUCUACCGCUGAUCUAAAUAUCACUAAGGGCAAAGUAAGUGCAAGUGGAACAAAACUAUCCAGCUUUCAGUAAUUGCAUUUUUGGUAAUUUUCUACAAUCGCUUCCUUGCACAGAUUCUUCAUCAGCUGACCGCGCGUGCAAUCAUCAGAGACUGGGACGAAGGUAGCCUGCAUGAGCAGCGCACUGGGCACGAGGUUUGUCUCAAAAACAUAGCUAAUAUUAAUUAAUAUCAUUCAUCAUUUCAUUUAUUUUAGCCGCAUGUUGUCGGUGCUGAGUAAUUCAAAUCGUGUUGGAGAGAGAAAGAGGGAUUGGCCCUAGUCUCCAUAAGAUGAGACAGAAACAAUGAGGAUUAUGACGAUAACUUCAAAUGGCGAUUUACACAUUACACACUGAUUCACUAUCCUGAUGGAGGGGUCUGGGUUCAAACCCUGCUCAGGGUUAUCAUGUUGUGUUCUUGGCGAACACAAUUUACUGGCUGCGAGGUGUUCAAGGGGCUGACUAAGAGGCUAAACUAACACUAAAUAACGGAUAAGUCGCUAUCUAGUGGAUAACUGCGAACAAAACGUAUUGCGCUAUCCACGGGAUAGAGAUUUGUCUUGGGGAUUGAGUUAUCCACCAUUCAAAGAACCGGGAGCAGCAGUUGCAUGUUAAUACCUAAGUGCUUACUUAUGUCUAGGCCGUCCAGAUUUGCCUUGUUCAUGACUGAACCGCGGUUGUUGUUAUUUUAUGAUUCCGUAGAUUGUGAAGAGAGACAGGAAAGACUUCAUCGUUUCCUUGAGCAAGACGUUCUCCGUGGUAUCCAAAUUCACAAGUUUUGUUGCAGUUGAACACAGAGAAAAGGUAGAAAUGAGAUAAAGGGAGAAAUAUGCCCAAGAAACCAUGCAAUUUAGUCUCAUUGAUGAAUAGCCUAUGUACGAAAUUAUGAUUCUUGCUUCAUUUUGAGAUUAUUAAGAGUAACCGAGCCUUUCUAAGUCUUUUUUCAAUUUGCUGAAGAUUCGACCAUGGAGGUCGCCAUAUUAAAUCUUUCUUAGCGAUCUGGCUGCUUACCUGUGACAUAACAAGGCUCAUUCCCCACUCUUCCAUCUCUCGCCAAUUUGUUUGAAGCUUCAGGAGCGGCAGAAUGUGAACCGUUGCACCUAGGUUAUGUGUGCGUUCCCAUUUUACUGAAUUGUUUUCAAAAUGGCGGAGUCUAAAGUCGAAUUUUUAAAGCAUUAGGAGAAAAUUUUCGAAUUGCGAGAUAACUCUAUGGAAUCUCAAAUAGGGGUAAGCUAAGAAUUUACAUGUAAAUGCGUUUUAAUAACAUGAAUGAUAAGGUUUCCAGAGUAUACGUCUCGUUGAAACCCUGUUUAAAGGAGUAUUGGCUGGAGUUGAAUUACCCAUAUAACCUCACAAACUUCUUGACAACAUGUGUGUUGCUUUUCCGUUUCCCUCUUAUAGGACGAGAAAUUCAAGGAGGGCCAGGGACCGAGUAUACUCGAGUUGGUCUCUACGGAAGAUGUAGACAUAUUGGAAUACAUAGCUUGGGAGAGUCGACCUUUAAUGGAGAAAAAUCAGGAACUGGUAAGAAUGGUCCUUUUUCAGCAGUAGCCUUCAAAUCGAGCUUACUGCAAAGCCUUAUAUCUUGUUUUUUUUAUGACCUUAGUCCCAAGAUCUAGCUAUAAAUUUUCUCCAUUUUCCAGGACAUAUUUCUCAUUUUAGGCUCGGAGAAUUUACUGUCAAAUCAAACAACAUCCCCUAGUUGAUAUUCUGGUAUUCCUUUCUUCCCAUCAGCUUUCUGCUUGAAAAUGUAUAGAUCUUGUAAAGACAAACUUCUUUUUAAGUCACUCCUUGUUGGGAGAGGUUUUUAACUUAACAAAAAGAAAAGCGUUUUCGGGGUUUGGUGUUUUGUUAAAAUGAUUUUGGAGGUCAAGGCUAAGAUUGUAAUUUUGUCGUUAUGUGCAAAUCUGCAUGAUUGCCCUCCACGUCCCAAACACAGAAUAUUGAAGAGAAACUAGAGAAAAAGCUCCAAGAGGCGAAGGUGUUGGAGACAAGCUCAGUUUUACAGUGCGAGCGCCUUUACAAAGAAAUUAUUGAAGAAGCGAAGGAAAACCUCGGUGCUGAUCAGCCAGUGACAGUUAAGGUAAACUGGGCCUAUUUGAUUUCCAUGGUUUUUUUGUCUACUUGUCUGUUUCUGGUCGUUCAUGACUAAAGUGUGGUAGAGUAGACAAAGACACGCCACGAGAUGCAAGAGAGACGUAUUUGUCAAGUGGUUAGCCUACUGAACUUCGAAGCGAAUAGGUUGGGUUCUGGUUCUUCGUGUUGUAUUCUUGGGCUAGAUAAUUUAUAUUGAACAACCCUCUCCUCCUUCUCUCAACCCAGUGGUAAAUGAUAGCCAUUGAACUGUAAGUAACAUCCAAGGAAAUUGGUGGAUGGGAUGUGGUAACCUGUGGUGGACUGACAUUUUAUUCAGGAGAAGUACUCCAAGUUGCUUCAUUCCACAGCGCCCGAGCUCAACUACAGCAGCUGUGUAGGUCAGCCUCGUAUACAAACGAUGUUAAGGCACGAAUAAGUUGCCUCUGGAGUCCUUGACUGUCUUUGUCUUUAAAACCAACAAUGAAGAGUAUUUCUGGCCGUUUAGUCAUGUUUAUUUUCUUUUUUAACACAGGCAAUAAAAGCCCUUUCAAACCUGUACACUUUGAUGGGUGAAGAGGAGAAGGCUUGUCGAAUUUUUGAAGAAAGCGACUCGGCUGACAGUGAUUUCAGGUAAGAGCGUACUUAUUCCUUUUCUCCUACAUCAUUAUAUUUUAAGUUACUUUUGGCACUUGGACAAACUACCUUCAUUUUGCGCGACAGAAAGACCAAAACGAAGGAAAGACUCACUAAGAAAGUACAAGGAUAUAGUGAAGGAUAGAAACAUUGAUACGGAUUCCAUAUAUAUAUAUAUAUUAUAGUGUUUAAUUAUCAUGACUGUGACUGUCACUUCAUAGGACAAGUUACAUCUUUUGUCAGUCCCUCCCCUUCCUCCCCUUCCCCUCCCCCUCCCCCUCCCCUCCCCUCCCCUCUCCUCCCCUCUACUCCCCUCCUUUACUUAACCCCUAACCCUUGGAUCGAAGUUUGAACUAAACUUAACUAAACCUGUUGCUUGCUAGGAAUAAAACAUUUUCAUUUUUUGCUUUUUCUCGAAGCACGGAGUAGAACGGGUGAUAAUAUGUGAUCACACUUUUUUGAGUCCGUAAAAUAGGUCUUUUUGCCUAAAGUUUUCUUAAAAGUUAUAACUCGUCAUGAAGGGUUGUCGUUAACUGUCGCUGAUAUUUCCUAUUCAUGUGAUGACAAUUACUAAACAACUUUCUUGAUUUCACGCGAUGGUCUGGUUUCCUGUGGCAAGCUAUACUUUGGUUAUUUUUCAUCGGGAUCAACCUUUUCAGUUUGCAGCUUGUUUGAGUUGGAAGUGGUUCAGUCAUUCUCUCAAUCGAACACUUUACCAAUCGUUUGCAGUUGAAGAUCGUGUUUUUCUAAUGGAACCUGACCUUUGAAUCUUCCCCUACAUUAACAUUUACAUUCACAUGUACAUUUCAACAACAAAAAGGGACUUUUAAAUUUUUCUUCUAAGCGAAAAUAUAAAAAGCUGGAAAUUGAUCGAUACCAUGAGGUAAAUAAGAACAUCAACAAGAGAAAAUCAAUUUGAGAAUUUCUCCCUCAUCCGCGAUUAUACAUUUUUUCGAUUGUAGUCUCGAUGUCGAAGUGCCGCGGAAUUCCACAAACAAAGAUUCCGACUGGAGUGAUCCUUCAGAAGGUAGUGCCUUCUCCUCUGGGGAUAGUAGCGACAAUUAUGAUUUGGGGGCGGAGGCAGAACUUCUGGAUGAAGAGGCGCUUGAAUUCUGUGAAAUGGACCAGCAAGGUACGAGGAAACUUACACCAAGGGAGCGGCCAUUAUUUAACCCUUUAACUCCCAGAUCAAAUUUGUAAUUCUCCUUACUGUUAACCAUACAAUUCUUAUAAUGUUAGUUCAGAGAAUUUAGUAUUGGAUCAACUAAUUAUCCCCAAAUUGAUAUUUUUCUUAUUCUUAUCACUUAUCUGGUUGAUAUUAUAUCGAUAUUUUACGGAAAAUUUUUGUCUUGGGAAAGAAAAGUACACAUAAUCAUUGCGGGAGCCAGGGAGUGGAAUGUACUUUCCCUCUGUUUAUUUCUUGGGAUUUAUCAAAUAGAGAAUAUUGAUGGAAACCUCAACAUGAUAGUUUUCUGGGAUAAGGAUAGACAAAAAGGAGCAAAGAAGCUAACUACACCUUGACAACAUAAAUUAAAUAUCAAAAUACGAAUUAUAUUUUCAACUUACAGACAUGGAUAAGGAAAAGGAAGCUUCAGAGGCGCCCUCCCCGCGGGUAAUCACGAGAGACAUGGAUUCAGCCACUAAACCGAGGACCCAAGGUACAGUAGAACGUGUUUUCUCUUACUAGUCAGUUUAAUGGGUGAUGAUAGUUAACCUUUUGACCCCUAAGUGUGACAAGCAUCUAAUUUCUCCUUACAAUAUCACACCUGAAUCACACAUUAAGGUGUCGAGAAUAAAGGAAAUGAUCGCCAAUUAAGAAGCUCUUGAUUGUUUGACAAAUUCUCCUUGUCAGCGCAGUAGGAAAUAUGUGGAGAAUAGUAAGGAUAAUAUGCACACUGAUGUUAGGAUGUAACUACGUCUUGUCAACUUUUUUAAAGCCACUUGCUUGGCUUGGUGACUUUCGGGAAAUGUAUAACAUUUCAUUAAAAGGAACCGCUUUAUCUGGUAAUCUUUCAAAGAUUGAUGCAGUAACUGGUUCUUUGAGCUAUAAAAGUGAAAUUUGAAAGGUGAAAAUGACAUUUCCCCUAUCAAUCAAGAAGAAGUCUUUCACUAUGAAAAAAUUCAGGCCGUCAUUCCUCCGAUCAUCAGUAUGAGUUUGUAUGACUUCAAAUUUCAUGGCACAUUACUUGAGAAAUCCUUAUUGUAGUGAAGAUUUUUUGAUAUGCAAAUAAUUAUUACGGCCCAUUAAAGGCUCGAGGUUGGAGGAAAAAAUUUCAAAAAGCGUAUUUUCUUACCAAGUGCGAUAAUUUAUUAUUACAAAGAGUGACAGCUUUUUUGUUACGAAGUGCGACGAAAAGUUUUUGUAAAGGUCGCCAGGUAUUACAAAGUGCGACAAUUUUUUUACAUAGUGCGACAGGUAUUACAGAGUGUGACGAUUAUUACAAAGUUCGACAGAACAGAGUUUCUAAUUUUGGGCGGACAACUACGAAGGAUAAUUUUCCGAUGGAUGUUACUCUGCAUUCUCCAAAAGAAAAAAAAAACUUAUUGCCACUAACAUGGUCCUGUUUCUGUCCAAACAGACAUGUAUACAGAGAGUGAAUCAAAGCCUGAGCCGGUGAAGAGCAUCGGCACUCGUGACGCCGAGAGAAAACUUCAGGCAUUAAGGCGACGUAGCGCGAUGACACCCAUGGCUGUGUCCUUAAGAGGUUAAUGUUAAUCUCGUGAUUUUAAUGUUUUCUUUGUCUUCGUUCUUUUAUUAGAAUUAGCGUAUCAAUAUCAGUAUCUGGGCAAUGCCCGCCCACCCACCCCUCCCCUAACUCAACAACAGUCAGUUGACAACAAGUUAAGGUUAAUGUUGGCUUAGGGGAGGGGUAGGUGGGCAGUUGCCCAAAUACUUAUAUUGAUCUGAGUUAGCUUGAUUUCUACUAAUUUGUUUGCUUGCUUAUUUUCGUUGUGCAAAACUGUGCCUGCGUGCUACAAUGUAGACUGCGUAAAGUGUUAUCAUUACACGAAGUUCGAAGUUCAAACUUAGUACAGUGAAAAGUACACAUAAUCAUUGCGGGAGCCAGGGAGUGGAGUGUACUUUCCCUCUGUUUAUUUCUUGGGAUUUAUCAAAUAGAGAAUAUUGAUGUAAACCUCAACAUGACAGUUUUCUGGGAUAAGGAUAGACAAAAAGGAGCAAAGAAGCUAACUACACCGUGACAACAUAAAUUAAAUAUCAAAAUACGAAUUAUAUUUUCAACUUACAGGCAUGGAUAAGGAAAAGGAAGCUUCAGAGGCGCCCUCCCCGCGGGUAAUCACGAGAGACAUGGAUUCAGCCACUAAACCGAGGACCCAAGGUACAGUAGAACGUGUUUUCUCUUACUAGUCAGUUUAAUGGGUGAUGAUAGUUAACCUUUUGACCCCUAAGUGUGACAAGCAUCUAAUUUCUCCUUACAAUAUCACACCUGAAUCACACAUUAAAGUGUCGAGAAUAAAGGAAAUGAUCGCCAAUUAAGAAGCUCUUGAUUGUUCAACAAAUUCUCCUUGUCAGCGCAGUAGGAAAUGUGUGGAGAAUAGUAAGGAUAAUAUGCACACUGAUGUUAGGAUGUAACUACGUCUUGUCAACUUUUUUAAAGCCACUUGCUUGGCUUGGUGACUUUCGGGAAAUGUAUAACAUUUCAUUAAAAGGAACCGCUUUAUCUGGUAAUCUUUCAAAGAUUGAUGCAGUAACUGGUUCUUUGAGCUAUAAAAGUGAAAUUUGAAAGGUGAAAAUGACAUUCCCCCUAUCAAUCUAGAAGAAGUCUUUCACUAUGAAAAAAUUCAGGCCGUCAUUCCUCCGAUCAUCAGUAUGAGUUGGUAUGACUUCAAAUUUCAUGGCACAUUACUUGAGAAAUCCUUAUUGUAGUGAAGAUUUUUUGAUAUGCAAAUAAUUAUUACGGCCCAUUAAAGGCUCGAGGUUGGAGGAAAAAAUUUCAAAAAGCGUAUUUUCUUACCAAGUGCGAUAAUUUAUUAUUACAAAGAGUGACAGCUUUUUUGUUACGAAGUGCGACGAAAAGUUUUUGUAAAGGUCGCCAGGUAUUACAAAGUGCGACAAUUUUUUUACAUAGUGCGACAGGUAUUACAGAGUGUGACGAUUAUUACAAAGUUCGACAGAACAGAGUUUCUAAUUUUGGGCGGACAACUACGAAGGAUAAUUUUCCGAUGGAUGUUACUCUGCAUUCUCCAAAAGAAAAAAAAACUUAUUGCCACUAACACGAUCCUGUUUCUGUCCAAACAGACAUGUAUACAGAGAGUGAAUCAAAGCCUGAGCCGGUGAAGAGCAUCGGCACUCGUGACGCCGAGAGAAAACCUAGGGUAAAAAGGCGAUCUGGGGCGAUGCCACCCAUAGCUGUGUCCUUAAGAGGUUAAUGUUAAUCUCGUGAUUUUAAUGUUUUCUUUGUCUUCGUUCUUUUAUUAGAGUUAGCGUAUCAAUAUCAGUAUCUGGGCAACUGCCCGCCCACCCACCCCUCCCCUAACUCAACAACAGUCAGUUGACAACAAGUUAAGGUUAAUGUUGGCUUAGGGGAGGGGUAGGUGGGCAGUUGCCCAAAUACUUAUAUUGAUCUGAGUUAGCUUGAUUUCUACUAAUUUGUUUGCUUGCUUAUUUUCGUUGUGCAAAACUGUGCCUGCGUGCUACAAUGUAGACUGCGUAAAGUGUUAUCAUUACACGAAGUUCGAAGUUCAAACUUAGUACAGUAGAAAAGUACACAUAAUCAUUGUGGGAGCCAGGGAGAGGAAUGUACUUUCCCUCUGUUUAUUUCUUGGGAUUUAUCAAAUAGAGAAUAUUGAUGGAAACCUCAACAUGAUAGUUUUCUGGGAUAAGGAUAGACAAAAAGGAGCAAAGAAGCUAACUACACCGUGACAACAUAAAUUAAAUAUCAAAAUACGAAUUAUAUUUUCAACUUACAGACAUGGAUAAGGAAAAGGAAGCUUCAGAGGCGCCCUCCCCGCGGGUAAUCACGAGAGACAUGGAUUCAGCCACUAAACCGAGGACCGAAGGUACAGUAGAACGUGUUUUCUCUUACUAGUCAGUUUAAUAGGUGAUGAUAGUUAACCUUUUGACCCCUAAGUGUGACAAGCAUCUAAUUUCUCCUUACAAUAUCACACCUGAAUCACACAUUAAGGUGUCGAGAAUAAAGGAAAUGAUCGCCAAUUAAGAAGCUCUUGAUUGUUUGACAAAUUCUCCUUGUCAGCGCAGUAGGAAAUAUGUGGAGAAUAGUAAGGAUAAUAUGCACACUGAUGUUAGGAUGUAACUACGUCUUGUCAACUUUUUUAAAGCCACUUGCUUGGCUUGGUGACUUUCGGGAAAUGUAUAACAUUUCAUUAAAAGGAACCGCUUUAUCUGGUAAUCUUUCUAAGAUUGAUGCAGUAACUGGUUCUUUGAGCUAUAAAAGUGAAAUUUGAAAGGUGAAAAUGACAUUCCCCCUAUCAAUCAAGAAGAAGUCUUUCACUAUGAAAAAAUUCAGGCCGUCAUUCCUUCGAUCAUCAGUAUGAGUUGGUAUGACUUCAAAUUUCAAGGCACAUUACUUGAGAAAACCUUAUUGUUGUGAAGAUUUUUUAAUUUGCAAAUAAUUAUUACGGCCCAUUAAAGGCUCGAGGUUGGAGGAAAAAAUUUCAAAAAGCGUACUUUCUUACCAAGUGCGAUAAUUUAUUAUUACAAAGAGCGACAGCUUUUUUGUUACGAAGCGCGACAUAAAGUUUUUGUAAAGGUCGCCAGGUAUUACAAAGUGCGACAAUUUUUUUAAAUAGUGCGACAGGUAUUACAGAGUGUGACGAUUUUUACAAAGUUCGACAGAACAGAGUUUCUUAUUUUGGGCGGACAACUACAAAGGAUGAUUUUCCAAUGGAUGUUACUCUGCAUUCUCCAAAAGAAAAAGAAAAAAAACUUAUUGCCACUAACAUGAUCCUGUUUCUGUCCAAACAGACAUGGAUACAGAGAGUGAAUCAAAGCCUGAGCCGGUGAAGAGCAUCGGCACUCGUGACGCCGAGAGAAAACCUGAGGCAUUUAGGCGAGCCAGGGCGCGCAUGGCUGUGUUCUCAAGAGGUUAAAGUUAAUCUCGUGAUUUUAAUGUUUUCUUUGUCUUCGUUCUUUUAUUAGAGUUAGCUUGAAUUCUACUUGUUUGUUUGCUUGCUUAUUUUCGUUGUGCAAAACUGUGCCUGCGUGUUACAAUGUAGACUGCGUAAAGUGUUAUCAUUACACGAAGUUCGAAGUUCAAACUUAGUACAGUAGAAAAGUACACAUAAUCAUUGCGGGAGCCAGGGAGAGGAAUGUACUUUCCCUCUGUUUAUUUCUUGGGAUUUAUCAAAUAGAGAAUAUUGAUGGAAACCUCAACAUGAUAAUUUUCUGGGAUAAGGAUAGACAAAAAGGAGCAAAGAAGCUAACUACACCGUGACAACAUAAAUUAAAUAUCAAAAUACGAAUUAUAUUUUCAACUUACAGGCAUGGAUGAGGAUGAGGAAGAGGAAGCUUCAGAGGCGCCCUCCCCGCUGGUAAUCACGAGAGACAUGAAUUCAGCCUCUAAAACGAGGACCGAAGGUACAGUAGAACGUGUUUUCUCUUACUAGUCAGUUUGAUGGGUGAUGAUAGUUAACCUUUUGACCCCUAAGUGUGACAAGCAUCUACUUUCUCCUUACAAUAUCACACCUGAAUCACACAUUAAGGUCUGGAGAAUAAAGGAAAUGAUCGCCAGUUAAGAAGGUCUUGAUUGUUUAACAAAUUCUCCUUGUCAGCACAUUAGGAAAUGUGUGGAGAAUAGUAAGGAUAAUAUGCACACUGAUGUUAGGAUGUAACUACGUCUUGUCAACUUUUUUAAAGCCACUUGCUUGGCUUGGUGACUUUCGGGAAAUGUAUAACAUUUCAUUAAAAGGAACCGCUUUAUCUGGUAAUCUUUCAAAGAUUGAUGCAGUAACUGGUUCUUCGAGCUAUAAAAGUGAAAUUUGAAAGGUGAAAAUGACAUUCCCCCUAUCAAUCAAGAAGAAGUCUAUACUAUAAAAAAAUUCAGGUCGUCAUUCCUCCGAUCAUCAGUAUGAGUUGGUAUGACUUCAAAUUUCAUGGCACAUUACUUGAGAAAACCUUAUUGUUAUGAAUAUUUUUUGAUCUGCACUAAAUAAAUAAUUAUUACGGCGCACUAUUUAACUAAAAUUGGUUUGGUACAAUUCCGUCAAUUUCUUGGCUGCAGUCGGACAAUUUGCGCAGGAGAGUUUUUCUAAUCGAACAUUAACUUUUGAAGAUAAAAAGUCCUGGGAUGCGUGUACAUAAAAAAUCGUAGGUCAUCUCUGAUUAAAAAUCAAAUUCUCCUCGGGUUUUACAAAUAAAAAAGAGACAAUUUGAAAGGCGAAUCGAAGAGUCUACCAGAAGUCACAAUUUUGAGGUUAUCGCUCCUUUGUUUUCAUUUAUUGCUUCAAACUUCACUUGACAAACCAAACAUUUCUCGACAUUUCAUACUAAGAAUUUGUUCCAUAUUUUCUUCGAUACGAGUUUGUGCUCCCUGACCAAAAGAAAAGUCAGUUUAGUAGCGUUUUUGAUGGAAAAGAGCGCCAGUUCACAUAUUUUUAUUCAGGACUGUCUGUCUUAAAAUAGAAUAAACUACUCUGAUAGGUUUCAGAUGAACAUUCCAUAAUUUUUUUGUGUGGAUUUCCCAGCUUUAAACGAACACAAAGAUAGGUAUUCUUAGUCGUAACUUAAUCUGGCUACUAAUUAUUGUUUUAUUCUUUGAUUUAUUCCCUUAAGUAGAUGAGAGCAAGAAGGCAGAAAAGAAAGAAAGUUACAAACCGCAAAUGGAGCGAGGCGAUGAUGCUUCUCUGGUUACGCAAAGAGUCGCUUCGUCCUCAUCAUCGGCAUUCUUGCUCCCAAGACAGGAUUAUCCUUCUAAUGUAAUUACAAGAGACGGCGUGUCUGCCUUUGAAGCACCUGGUUUUGCUUUCACAUCAAAGCUCGCAGCUCUUCCUACCACUGAGGCAUCUUCGUGCCAAGCUGGUUCCGGUUUGUCUGACAAGUUACAACAGCCACAAGAACCAUUAUCAAAGAAGGCAGCACCUGUUACCUUUGGAGGAAGAAUUGUUCAAAGAGAAGGUAUUCCUUUUGGAAGAUCUUGUCGUUUUGGUGGACAGAAUAUGAAGAUUUCACAGCAGUCACAGCGAAACCAAUUAUUUGGUAAGUCGGGAGAAGAUGAUGGAUUAUUUGAUUCAUCCAAAAAGAAAGCAAUUCAAGAGAUACCAACGUUCAUGGAAAAGGAAGCAGUGCCCCCAGUUGUUGGAAGACGCUCAGGUUCUAGUCUGCAGAAUAUGGAGAUGUCUAAUUCAGCUCAGUCAUCUGGUAGUUCUACGUUUGCCCGAUUUCAGACGUUGCAGCGAAACCCCUUAAAUUUUCCACAAACUGGUGGAUUAUUUGGUAAUUCGCAGCAGAUCAAAAUGUUUUCCCAGCCACUGAAAGCUGCAACCGAUCCAUGUAGCUCUCGUUCCACAUUAAACAGAGCAGAUCGUCGGAUGGAAGAGGAAGUGAGGCAAGAGAUACCAGCAACUAUCAAAGGAGAUGGAGCAGUUCCAAUGAAUGCAGAGCCAAUGUUAAAACAGGAAACAUCUUUCCAACAGCCUCUUCCUCCACCUCCUGCUCCACCACCACCACCACCUGCUUCCCCUGCACCCUUGCACCGCCCUACUCUCCGCCCAAGGGGCUCUCGUCCUCCAACCGUUGUACCAGCUAGAGCGUCGUUGAUGAAAGAUUUACUUGGAGUGAGCAAGACGCUAAAGGGAGUAACAGUAGCCUCUAAGCAGUCAGCAUCUGCAACCACAACUGCAGUAACCGGAUUUGGGGCUCCCCCCCCUCCUCCUCCUCCUCCGGCCUGUUCAGCAGCAGGCAGCUCUAAACUUCUUUCUGUCGGGUCAAAACCCCCUCCCUCGAUCGGUUCAACAUACGAGGGGAUCCACUGUGUGAGAUCUGUAGCGAAGAAACGUCGAGGGCUGAGGAAAGCCGUCUUUCCAGAUAAGUGCGAAAAGCUAGAACGGAUAUUUACUGCACAAAAUUCGGUAAGUAUCGCAAAAUGCAUACGAUUAUCCAAUAAAGGGUGCUUAUUUUCCAUUGGUUAAAGUCACACAAUCUAGGUGGGAUUUCGUCAUAUUUCCAUCAUCAAACUGAUCUGGGCAAAUUCCAGUUGGUUUUCCGAACCUUAAACCUCAACUCUCUUCCUUAGAACUAACUGUAACGGCUAGAGACUACGUGGGGACAUGCAAUUUUGCUAUGAAUCAGCAAUUGAAAUUUCCUUGAUUGUAAUAUCAUCCCCCAAAUGCAAGUUUGAAUUGUUAUAUCAUAAAUUAUUUUUAAAUGAUACAUAUUGAUAACUCCUUACUCCUCAAAUCGAAUCAUUGAUCAUAUCCAGUAAUUUACCGCAUAGUAAAUAAUUUACUUUAUCGGCCAGAGAUUUGUUUAGGAAUUGGUAUUAUUUUGGAACUGUAGUUGUAAAAAUUACAGUUCCAUUACUCCUUAUAAAAAGGAGGUUUGGUAAUAGCCUGUUAACUUCAAAAUAAUGAAUAUUCUUAUGUUAUAACAGUCGUGUGAUACUAUGGCUCCCCUCAGUCCCAUGACCGUAACUAAUUUAGUCGUAAAUAAUUGUAAAUUCUGUCUUCCUUUGGUAAAACAAGCUUCCCAAACGUCAGUGUAAGAAAAAGAUUCUUAAGCAAGAAUCACCAUUUAUGGUGUAAAGAAUCCAGGUAAGGGAGAAUUCUUUGCCCUCGACCUUAAGUGUGUUUCAGGUACAGCCCAAGAGUCCUUUGGUUUCAAUGAUAUAAACAGUACAGCUUAUAUUUUUUAAUAAAAUUUGUCGAUUUUUUUUAUUUGAUGAGCUUUUUGGUGUUUUUCAGGAGGGUUUCUGGAAUGUGGAUGACUUGCCUAUCAUUGGUAUAGACACACAAGGCUUUACUGAUUUGCUGGCAGGUGCUGGUGCCAGGUCUCUUGGUACGCUUCUGUUCUGUUCUGUAUUGUUGCUGUUGUUUUAUCUAAGACGGGUACACAAUUGAAAGAGUAAAACAUAGUCAAACGCCUUUCCUUCAGUACAAGAUCUUGUGUUGAAAUCUUUAUUUCAUUACAUUUCUACCAACCUUAUCAGCGACAACAGAAGAUUCUACCGAGGUGCUAAAUUGAGACUUAUCUUGAACGUGGCGACAUUAACAAUGUGGGAAUUUGCCGAUUCUUUUGUAGAUUUUAUACAGAUUAAUUCUAAUUUAUGCUUCGAAUUUUUUCGAGAUCGGGCAAAAUUUAACCAGGAUUUAGUUUCUCUCUCUUCCUACCCCUCUCCUACGCUCUUGAUUCUUCCCUCCUUGAGCCUUGUGCUUCUCCCGUUUGUCUGAAAAGAAACAGAGACUGCUAGGCGAGCCAAUCAAAGUGAGGAAUUAUUUAAUUCCAAAGGCUUAGCAAUUACCUACGUUUUAAAACAGAGGCUAUGAAAAUUUCGAAAAUGGAUAAUUUUCCGUAAAACUUUCGUUGAACUUUGAUGAGGAAGACAAAUUUUAAUGCAGCCAAAUUAAGAAGUAAUUCCCUGAUUUAUUGUUUUACACGGCAUUUCACGCGAUACACUGCAGGUCUUAAAGUUUUUGAAAGCGUGAAAAGACUUCUGGCCACCUUCAUGAUGUUGGCGUUCAUGAAACUGAGGCUUCAUGUCGAGUUCCCACUCACGCUUCCAUUCGGACAACCUGAGUCUGAGGUGAGAAUUUGUCUCAAUAUUUUGAGGCACUGUUGUCUUUUGGUUAGAACUUAGAGUGCUUAACCAAUCGUUAAAAUUAGCUCCAAUAACCUGAACAAGCUGUUAAUUCAUCAAUGGAAGACGUUGGCAGCUAAAACAAGAAUUCCUGGACAGGUUCUCCUGGUAGUAUAGCUGGGAAAAAAAUUAACAAAGCGUUUUGAUGGCAAGUCUCCUAAAGUGAUACGCGUCCUUUAAGACGCAACAAUGGUGAACGCGUUCAAAUGCCCCUUUAGCGAAAUUAAGAAUCUUUAACGCAACGUAACGUGAUAGGACAGUCAUUAAUUGGCUCUAUUUAGGUGAUAUAGAUAGGGAAAAAACUCCUUACUUACUGAAUCUUAGCAGUCUCAAACUUCGUUCUCCGUGUCUUCGUGUUUUGUUUUGUGUUUUUUUUUAUGUACGCCGGGAAACCUUCCUGGACACUGGGAACCAAAUCGUAUCACUGAAAAAUUAUUAUUAGCGUAGGGUCUGGGACCUGUUGGCAAAGUCCUAAAGGCCCAGUUAUUGUUUUUUCAAGGGCAGGUUUUUUAGUUUGACGUUUUGUCUUCUAGGUAACUGUUGGUGGUUUGGGAGUGAAGUAUUCCAAAGACAUCACAAAAGCGCUCAAGUGGGUUAAGAUCCAGGAAAGGAAGAUUCCUCUUCUUUACUCCCGACUGGAAUUUGGAGCCAACUGGGAAGCGGCCACACGAACGAUGGCACGGAAGAUGAAAAUUUAAAAGUGGAAAAAAAAACUAGUUAGUGAAAUUAAAAGCCCAUUGUUCCAUUUUUUUUAAGCUCCGCACAGAUCCUUUUAUUUUCGUAAACGGAUAAUAUCCACAUAAUUUUUUUCUAUUGGCAGUUGCGAUUAUUUUGGUUUUAGUUUGACGACAUCCAGUCAAGUUGCGCUUCAGUGCAUGGAAUUUCUAAGAUAACAUUCCAAAAUUAACAGGAGUCUUCAUUAGAAAUUGUAGUUGAAUCUCUGAGGUGUGACGGACUCGCUUUUAAAUUUGUCCAAGAUUCAUCCGGGGCAAGUAUUGUAAUUGGGACUUAGAGUUGAAACUCCAAAACAUAAUGAAUCUAUAUUUUAGUUUGGUCAAGAUAUGUGAAAGGCCUUUUUGAGUUUCAACCUGGUAAGUAGAUGAGAACAAUAUGAUGAUGUGUGAUCCUAAAAGAACAUUUUAAUCUCUGAAAUAUUAAUUGAUACAGGGGUAUUACUAAGCAAAAUAAUAAUUGAGAUUAAAUAAUAAAAUAAAAUAAUACUGAGGAAAAUAAUGAUUGAGAUUAUAUAAGGCAUCUUAUAAAGUCUAAAUGAUUACAUGAUUUGAUUUUUUUAUUAUUGUAAGAGGUUCAAAAUCUUCAUAAUUUUCUGAAUAUGGCUACUUUUGUUAACUUGUUCGUCUUGCCAUCAUGACAACGGGGUAACCAUAUAUCAACAAAAAGGUAAAAAUAAAAUUCUAUUUAAUAAACAAGUAUAAGCGUGUGGAUUGUAAUCUUUUAUAUGAUUGGCUGAAUCGUGCGCGCAAUUUGAUUGGGUCUUAUGAUUUAUUGUAUGGUACAGAGGCAAAGAUGACGUUACCAUAAAUAACAUUUUGCCUUUAUCUUAUAGAAAAAAUAGUUUCCAUGUUGCCGUGUCUUUACAGUAAUAGAUCACAGAAGACUUCAAAUCAGUGACACACUCGGCCACCCCUCGUGUGCCUCUUUUUUUUUACCACAAUUUUACGUCAUCUGUGAUCUAUUACUGAACAGACGCACAACAACAUGGGAUCUAUAUGGUAAAUAGCAAAAUUUCAUAGAAGUCUAUUACAUGUGACAUGUAGCUGUCACAAAAAAAUUGCUUUCUUCUUGAGGCUAAUGGUUGGAAUUGACUAACAAAUUUAAGAGUUGAUUGAGUGUUGUCCGUUAUUUUCCGAGCGUUUUCCUUUUUGUAAUAAAUUCCCAUAUGUUUAUGUGAAUUUACUAAACAAGGCGGAUAAAUUUGGUUGAUUAUUAGAUUCUCUUUACGUGUAGACUGGUCUCAUUGGCCUGUUUUCGGUUGUCCUCACUCAUUCCCGGCUUCGUCCAUGCGUCUUAAGCACUCAUUAAAACACAUGGGAAACCAUUGGGUAAAAGUACGUUACUGUCGUGUCAGCCGGCGGGAAACUAGCCUGUAAACUGGCUCCCUAUUCCAAGUUCGUGCGAAGCGAGGAGAAAGAGAGCGAGGAGGGG